UUUAAAUCAUGAAAUAGCCUCCACUCUUUCUACGCACCAUUAAGCAUCAUAAUCCCAAUCAUUAUCUCCUCUGCCUUCAUUGCUCUGCCUGCUUCUGUUGCAGCUCCAUCAAUGGAGGAAGACAAUUGUUGCACAUCUCAAUUGCCAGCAGAAACGCAAGCACCAGCAAUGGAAGAAAGAGAUCCAGAGAGCAACAGCAGCACACUCCAGGAGCCACUCCUGAAGAGAAACAGAACACUCUCGUCAACCCCAUUGGCCAUUGUUGGAACCAAAGUGUCCCAUAUAGAGAGCUUAGAUUAUGAGAUCAAUGAGAAUGAUCUGUUCAAGCAUGACUGGAGGAGUAGAUCCAAAGUCCAAGUGCUGCAGUAUGUGUUCCUGAAAUGGUCACUGGCUUUCCUUGUGGGAGGCUUGACAGGUUUAAUUGCCACUCUCAUUAACCUUGCUGUGGAGAAUAUUGCUGGGUACAAGAUUCUGGCUGUUGUCAACUUGAUCAAGGAAGAAAGGGUAGCGUUUAUGACUGGAGUCAAUCUGGUGUUGACAGCUUUUGCAGCUGUGUUGUGUGUGUUCUUUGCACCAACUGCAGCUGGACCUGGGAUCCCUGAGAUCAAAGCUUAUCUUAAUGGGAUUGAUACACCAAACAUGUUUGGUGCCACUACUUUGCUUGUUAAGAUAUUUGGAAGCAUUGGAGCAGUCUCCGCAGGGCUAGACCUUGGCAAAGAAGGCCCUCUAGUCCACAUCGGCAGCUGCAUUGCCUCCCUGCUUGGACAAGGAGGCCCAGACAACUACCGCCUCAAGUGGCGAUGGCUUCGAUACUUCAACAACGACAGGGACAGACGAGACAUCAUAACCUGUGGAGCUUCAUCAGGUGUGUGUGCAGCUUUCAGGUCUCCAGUCGGUGGCGUGCUAUUCGCCCUCGAGGAAGUUGCCACCUGGUGGAGGAGUGCAUUGCUGUGGAGGACUUUCUUCAGCACGGCUGUGGUCGUGGUGAUCCUUAGAGCAUUCAUCGAGAUCUGCAAUUCAGGGCGAUGUGGACUGUUUGGGAGUGGUGGGUUGAUCAUGUUUGAUGUGAGCAGUGUGGAAGUGAGGUAUCAUGUGAUGGAUGUCAUACCAGUAGUAUUGAUUGGGGUCAUUGGUGGAGUUCUGGGGAGUCUGUACAAUUAUCUGCUUCACAAGGUGCUUAGGCUGUACAAUCUCAUCAACGAGAAAGGGAAGUUUCACAAGCUGCUCUUAGCCUUAACUGUCUCUAUCUUCACCUCAGUGUGUCUCUACUGCCUCCCAUUCCUAGCGAAAUGCCAGCCCUGCGACCCUUCUCUGCCUGAGACCUGCCCAACCAACACAAGGUCAGGCAACUUCAAGCAAUUUAACUGCCCAGAUGGACACUACAAUGACCUUGCAACUCUCCUUCUUACCACGAAUGAUGAUGCAGUGAGGAAUAUCUUCUCCACCAACACUCCAACCGAGUUUCAACCGAUGUCUCUCAUCAUUUUCUUCAUUCUGUACUGGAUUCUAGGACUAUUCACUUUUGGCAUUGCUGUACCUUCUGGCCUUUUCCUCCCGAUCAUCCUAAUGGGAUCCGCUUAUGGCCGCCUGCUUGCACUCGCCAUGGGAUCUUACACCAAAAUCGACCAAGGCCUUUAUGCAGUUCUCGGUGCAGCUUCACUCAUGGCUGGAUCAAUGAGAAUGACGGUCUCCCUUUGUGUGAUUUUCCUCGAACUCACCAACAACCUCUUGUUGCUCCCCAUAACAAUGAUAGUGUUACUCAUAGCGAAAUCUGUAGGGGAUAGCUUCAAUCCAAGCAUAUACGACAUAAUCCUGGAGCUGAAAGGAUUGCCGUUCUUGGAUGCUAAUCCUGAGCCGUGGAUGAGAAACUUCACAGUUGCAGAGCUUGUUGAUGCCAAAGAGCCAGUAGUUACCUUAUGUGGAGUAGAGAAGGUAUCGAAGAUUGUUGAUGUGCUUAGAAACACAUCCCACCAUGGGUUUCCAGUUGUGGAUGAAGGAGUUGUGCCGCCAUUGGGAGUUGCAGCAGCAGGAGCAACUGAGAUACAUGGGCUGAUUCUAAGAGCUCAUCUGGUUCAAGUGUUGAAGAAGAAGUGGUUCCUGCAAGAGAAGAGAAGAACAGAUGAGUGGGAAGUAAGGGAAAAGUUCUCCUCGGUUGACCUGGCUGAGAGAGAAGGCAGGAUUGAAGAGGUGGCAGUGACCAGGGAAGAAAUGGAAAUGUACGUUGAUUUGCAUCCUCUAACCAAUUCAACUCCUUUCACAGUGGUUGAAAGCAUGUCAGUAGCAAAGGCAAUGGUGAUCUUCAGGCAAGUCGGGCUUCGGCAUUUGCUUGUGGUUCCUAAGUAUCAAGCUGCAGGGAUUCCUCCGGUGGUUGGCAUCCUGACUCGGCAGGAUUUAAGGGCACAUAACAUUUUGACAGCCUUCCCUCAUCUUGCAAGAUCCAAGAGCAGAGGAAAGCACAACUAAAACCUCAAAAUAUCGAGCUUCUCAUUUCCUAAAUAAGAUUCCUAUUCUUUCAAUCAAUUUUUACAGGGGGUUCAUCAAAAAUACAAGAUGGUGCCAGAAUCCCAUAAGGCAUCUCAGUUUGAUAUGAUAAACUCAAACACAUAAUUCUUUUCGUGUAGAAAAGAGCAUACACAACAAAAUGGCUUCUGUGAUCUGCUACAUUCGCGGAUACAGGGGUAUCUCAGAAGUAUGCUUGUUACACGCAUCUUGAGCUCUUCUUGAUUAGUUGAAAAUUCUGCAUCACUUCCUUAGCUCAUCUUCUAGUCCCCAUUUGGGAUCAGUGAAGCUUCCUGAUAUGUAACACCAAUUUUCCAAGAUGCUCAUGAGCGUUUUUUCUUCUUUCCUAGUUUCUUUUUCUUGAGGUUAGCUACUUUACCCCUCUGAAAGACUGCCAGAACCUCUAUGCUGCAAAUGUUACCAAAAUGAUGUCCAUAAGAAAAUCUGACGAAAGAGAAAGAAAAAAACAAGAGCCCAUCCUCUCAACCUUAAGUAGAGGCAGUACCUCUGAGUUCCAGGAAAGAAAUUAAAACCAUGGGCGUGUUCCAACCGCCAUUUGUUCGUAGACAACAGCGCUUUGCAAUCCUGUCAAAGGUAGCAGCACUAUUAGCCUUCGUAGUUCGUACAUAGUACAUACCCUAGACUAGUUUGACAAGUUGAAAGGUAAAUGUCUUCCAGGAAAAAGUACCUCUUUGAAGCUCUCCCAACCACAACUUAUAUAGAUUAGCGUUUGAGGGAGAACUAGGGGUCCAUCCGCUGUUGUUGAACUCCUAACAUAAACUGAAGAUUCUCUGGCACGUAAGACCCAUGGUCUUUUUUCUUCUUUAACUUGAGAGCUGAAAUAACAGGGGGAAAAGUUCUUGUGAGCAUCACAACUUCAACUGGUAUUGAGUUUGAUUCCUGAACAUCAUGCUUAGAGAGCAGAGAAGUGAAGCCUACCCAUCAGUUGAUGACAUUGGUUUAAGAUUCCGGAAGGAUAUAG